GCUCCACCAACCCUUUGUGAAAGCCCUUGGCCAAGAUUAGAGCCGCUGUUUACACAUUGGCGAACCAACCAGUUGGCGUUGGCUCUAGGUACGAGAUGGACGUGGAAUGUCUUGCAGCUGCGGCAGUUUAUUUAUACACUGCCUUUAAUUAUUACCAAAAAGUACAUCAAAGCAAAGUUAUUAAAAAAAAAUGGCGUAAAAGAAGAUGGUGGAUGGUGACUAUUCAUCGGAAUAGAACGAGAGAGACCAUGAACCACCAACUUGCAGAGCUCCUUGCAGAACCGUCUGGGGAGUUCAACAAUUUCGUCCGUAUGUCGAGCAGCGAUUUUGAAUUCCUAUUAGAAAAAAUUUCACCUUUGGUGUCUAAACAAGAUACCAACUGGAGGGAAGCUAUACCAACGAAAAUACGACUGGCAGUAACAUUAAGAUUUUUAGCUAGUGGAGAUGAUUACAGAAGCCUACAUUAUCUAUUUAAAAUGUCCAGUUCAAUCAUCUCACGAAUAAUAAUUCAAGUCUGUAUGGCACUCAAUGAAGUUCUGAAGGAUAUGAUUAAAAUGCCUCAAAAUGCAGACGGAUGGCUUGCUGUGUCAGAAGGUUUCAGCUUCCCACAUUGUCUUGGUGCCAUAGACGGAAAACACAUAAAUAUAGAGUCUCCGUGUCACUCCGGAACUGAAUACUUCAACUACAAAGGGAAUUUUAGCAUAGUCUUGCUAGCAUUAGUUGAUAGUAAUUACAGUUUUAUGUUUGCCGAUGUAGGUUCACAGGGACGCAUUAGUGACGGGGGAGUUUUCAACCAAAGCAUUUUAUCUCAAAAACUAUCGUCUAACACCCUGAACUUACCCACUCCCAGUCCACUUCCAAAUAGUUUAAAUGACGUGCCCGUGCCUUACGUAUUUCUAGCCGAUGGCGCAUUUGCCCUAAGUGCCCAUUUGAUGAAACCAUUUCCCGGUCAUCACGCACUAGGCUCGCCGGAAAGAAUAUUUAAUCAAGAAUUGUCACGUUCCCGCGUAAAAGUUGAAAAUACUUUUGGUAUACUUUCCGCCAGAUUCAGGAUUUUUAAAAAACCGAUACCCCUAGAACCAGUGAAGGCUUCUGUUAUUACUAUGACGUGUCUCUAUUUACACAAUUUUUUAAGAAAAAGUGCUUCCUCCCAGAAUAUUUAUUCACCUCCAGGUUCAUUCGACUUUUAUCAAAAUGAAGAACUCGUGCGCCCAGGUUCAUGGAGAAAUAAUAUUGUAGAAAAUAACUUUUCUCCAUUAUUGAAUAUACCGCGUAGGCCGCCAAGUACUGCGACUCAAGUAAGAUCCGAUUUUAUGAAUUACUUUUCUAGAAAUAGACAGAACUAAGAUUUUAUAAAAUUAAAAUAAUUUAUACCUGUGCUU